AUGGAUGGAAAAUCGGUUGGCGUAAUCUCCUUACAAGAGCCCCUGUCAUGGAUGGUCUACGUUGACGGUGCAACUAACCACAAAGGAUCUGGGGUGGGACUCGUUUUGAUAUCUCCAAAUAAGAUCACAAUUGAAAAGUCUCUAAGAUUGGUAUUCUCGACUAUGACCAAUGAAGCCGAGUACGAAGCUCUAUUGGUAGGGAUGACCGUGGUUCAGAAGAUGGGCGGAAAAACAGUGGAGAUUUUUUCUGACUCAAGGCUGGUUGUAGGCCAAGUCAAGGGGAGUUGGAGGCACAAGAUCCUAGAAUGCAGGAAUAUUUGUGUCAGAAGUAGGAAUGCCCAUGCGGAUUCUCUCGCCACACUAGCAACAUUCGCGGCACAAGGCUUGCCUAGGGUAAUCCUUAUGGAAGACUUGUGCAAACCCUAUGAGGAGGGAAGGCAUGUGGUCCAUGUUCACCAAAUAAGGGCAGGGCCUAACUGGAUGGACCUUAUUAUGCUAUUCCUUAAGGAAGACGUCCUGCCUGAAAGUAAAUUUGAAGCUGACAAGAUACGGAGAAAAACUCCUUGGUUCUGGCUGUCUAGGGACCGAAAGCUGUAUAAAAGAUCCUUCUCUGGCCCAUAUCUGCUAUGCGUACACCCUGAAGCAGUUGAGCUGCUCCUAGAAGAGUUGCAUGAGGGGAUUUAUGGAAGCCACACGGGGGUAGAUCUUUAUCUCACAGAGCUCUCACACAAGUGGAGCUUGGAUAUUGUGGGGCCUUUCCCUAAAGCAACAGGGAAUAAGAGGUAUUUGUUGGUCGGCACGGAUUAUUUCAAAAAGUGGGUUGAAGCUGAGCCUCUGGCGAAUAUCAGGGAUGUGGAUGUCAAAAUAUUCCUUUGGAAAAACAUUGUCACCAGGUUUGGAGUCCCCCAAACCCUCAUCUCGAACAAUGGACUUCAAUUUUAUAGUAAAGCCUUUAGAAGAUAUUGCUGUGACCAGGGCAUAACGAAUAGAUACUCCACCUCGACAUAUCUACAGGGAAAUGGGCAGGCCGAAGCUGUCAACAAAGUCAUAGGCAUAACGAAUAAAUACUCCACCCCGGCAUAUCCACAGGGAAAUGGGCAGGUCGAAGCUGUCAACAAAGUCAUAGUAAGUGGACUUAAAAAGAGAUUGGAUGAUGCAAAAUGGAAAUGGGUAGAAGAGCUAUCCCAUGUCCUAUGGGCCUAUCGAACUACACCUCGAAGGUCCACAGGAGAGACGCCUUUCUCUAUGACUUAUGGGGCCAAGACUGUUAUCCCUUUAGAAACCAGAUUCCCCACAUUGAGAUCAAAUUCCUUCAUUCCAAGCAAAAACGAUGAGUUGUUGGAGAAGAGCUUGGACUUAAUUAAAGAACGGAGAGAAAACACCAUGGUCCAAUUGGCCUACUACCAAAACAAGGUCAAGCAAAGGUAUGAUGCCAACAUAAAGUUAAGGCCACUAACAGUUGGCGACUUGGUCUUAAGAAAAGUCCUAGGAACGAUAAGGAACCCAGCAUGGGGAAAGUUGGGACCCAACUGGGAAGGGUCAUAUUGUAUCACAUCGGCGGCCGGGAUAGGUGCCUAUUAUUUGGAGGAUCUAGAGGAAAAAGCUGUAGCACGCCCUUGGAAUGUAUAG